GUUCCGGCUGAGCACCGUCUGACUCCCAUGUCUGCGUGGGAGGUUCUGCCCACUCCCCUGUCUCUAUGGGAGGCCCUGCCCACUCCUAUGACUCCUGUGUCUCUGUGGGAGGUUCUGCCCACUCUUUUGUCUCCGUGGGAGGCCCCGCCCACUCCCGUGUCUCUGUGGGAGGCCCUGCCAACUCCUGUUUCCUCGUUGGAGGCCCUGCUGACUCCUGCACCCUCGUCGGAGGCCCUGCUGACUCCUGCACGCUCGUCAGAGGUCCUGCUGACUCCUGCGCACUCGUCGGAGGUCCUGCUGACUCCUACGCCGUCGUCUGAGGUCCUACUGACUCCUUCGCCUUCAUCAGAGGUUCUGCUGACUCCUGUCCCCUCGUCAGAUGCCCUGCUGAGUCCUGCGCCCUCAUCAGAGACUCUGCCCACUCCUGUGUCCUCGUCAGAGGACCUGCUGAGUCUGCCCAUUUCCGUGUCUCUGCAGACUCCUCCGGACCCCCUCCACCCACCCUGCUUUGUGUUCCCUUAGUGG